AUGGCCACCGCGGCGCAGCCACCCGCGGGAUCGUGGAAUCGAGCCAGCUACGAGCGCGAGCUUCGCGAAACUAGGCGGCUCGCGGCUCGGGUCGGCAGUACCGCCCUCCUUUUCGUCGGGACCACCACGGCGUUGAUCUCCAAAUACGUGUACGAGGUUCACGGAGAGGGGCGGGGCGAUCACGGAGAGGGGCGGGGCGAUGCGACGCACCCCCCAGUCCACGCCUUCAAAAAGCCGUUGUUCAUGACGUUCCUUUCCUUCGUGGCGAUGGCAUUGUGCCUCGUGCCUCGUGCAUGGAACACUCGACCGAGGGAGGACCGCGGGGAGAACCGCGGGCGCGUGAGGCGAAGAAGGUCACGCGCAGAUGGUACUACCAACGCAGAGCUCACGCGUGGGCUGCUAUCGGGCGACAGCAGCGGCAGCGGCAACGAGGGGACCGCGCCGUCGCCGGAGCGCGACGAGCGAUCACGGUGGACGUUACCGCCCGUACUACCCGCUCUGCUCGGGCUGGUGCCCAUAACGCUCGCGGACCUGGUGGCCACGGCGCUCAUCUCCUACGGCUUGCUGCACGUCCCGUUGUCGACUUUCCUCAUGCUUCGCCACGGUCAGCUCCUCUUCGCGGCGCUCAUCGCCGUCCUCCUUCGAAGGACGCUCAACGACCUGCACAAGCUGGGCAUGUCCCUGUCCUUCUCCGGCGUCGCGCUCGUCGCCCUCGCGGCGAUACUCGCCGACCCGGAAAAGAGAGCGCAUACGGCGCGGGGCAUGGCGUACGUCGCCGUGUCGCAGGCGGUGCAAGCCGCUCAGCUCACGUUCGAGGGGUACUUUUUGCGAGACCUAUCGAGGGUGUUUGAGACCCCGACCGCGAUGGUCGGCGCCGAGGGAUGCGUCGGCGUCGUGCUCAUGCUAUGCGUCGUCCUUCCCGUCGCGGAGCGCCCGGGUUGGUUCCCCGGCGGAACGGACGUCGGCGGCGUGGCGGAGAACACUUCCGGGGACACGGUGCUCAUGCUUCGUAACUCGCCCCAUCUCAUCGCCAUUCUCGUCGCGUACGUCAUCGGCCUCGUAGCUUACAACUACGUGGGCCAGCAGGUGUCGCCGAUGGCGGGUGUGGCGUCGAGGACGUGGUUGGAGACGCUCCGGACGCUGGCGUGUUGGUUUCUCGCCGGGUGCCUCCACUACGGUGACUCAUCGGUGUUCGAGGGUGAAUCGACGACGUGGCAGAUGAGCGCGCUGCAGUUGAUGGGAUUCGUCAUGGGAACGCUCGGAACGCUGCUCUACGGGCGCGGGGACGCGGCGGAGCGGCAGCGAAUCUUCGAGCGGCGGUUGCGAGCGGAGGUGGCGAACGUCGGCGGCGGCGAAGGGUCGGGACAGGUUGUGACGGGGUUAACGACAACCUCCGACGAGGCGUACCGCGUUCAAAGCGGGCGGGGUCGUCGCGACAGGAAACCGCGGGGGGGAACCCGGGGACGGGAACGGGGCUGGGGACCCGCGGGCGUCGCCGGCAGCAGCCGCUCCGGGACGGACGACGAGCGGGCACAGCUGGACGGCGGUGACGAGGCGCCGCUUCUCUCGCCGGCGCGAACGAGCGUCGACCUGGCGGGUCGACCGCCGGGGUCCCCCGCGGCGGCGUUCGCGAGGACGUCCGCGGGAAGGGAGGCGGCGGAGACGGUGGCUGCGCUGGCGGCGCACGCGGCGGCGGCGGACGGACGUGAGGGGGGCGGCGUCGGGGAGGGGACGCAGCCGAGCCCCCUUGGUUUGGGUUUGGUUGGUGAAACCGUCUCGGAACAAGUCGCCGGUUCGAACCAGUUCACGUCGGGAUCUUUCAAGGCGACGAUGUCGUUCUCGAGCUACGCCGGCGUGCUCCCGGAGCAACGCCGGGCGUCCGAGCCGCCGAACGUCGGGUCGUUCGGCGCGGAAGGGGCGAACGUGGUCACCGGAUUUCACGUCCGGGGCGAAGAGGGCGACGGCGCGGGCGAAGACGGCGACGAGAACGUAUGAGAAGCGUAGGGGCAGCCGUCGACGUUGGACGGUUUGACGGUGGUUUGACGAUAUCACCGACUGUCGGACGUUUUAAAAGAGCACGAGCGCGCUCGGAG